AUGGCCGAGUGCGCUAUGCACUCGCCGCCCAACACGCAGCCACGGCCUGCCAUGAUGCCAGCCCAGCAGCAACAGCCAGAAGCAUCGGUCAACCUCAACCAACCCACACAGAUCGUCGGCAGCGAUGCCUACACUAAAUGGCUCAUGACUCGAGUAGCUACUGGUGUCGCUACACCAGAAGAGCAAGCCAUGUGGCAGCAGCACGUGAAUAUGGUCAAGUCGAAGCCCACGCCCGCUCCUGCUCUCGCAACAAUGCCUCCGUCUGCUCCGCCGCCACCUCAGAGAUACAGCGCAGCCCUUCACGAGUCUCGUGCCGGUACCCAGCCGUGCGUCUUUGGCAUCCCAACUCUGGGCUCGUCGUCCGAGACUCCACUUGUCUGGGAGCCAGUGAACCCACCCAACAUCGCAGAAAUGUCACCACACGCCCUCCAGGACUACCAGAUGCAGCUGAUACUGUUAGAGCAACAGAACAAAACGAGGAAUCACAUGCCUAACAACGAAGUGAACGAGAUAAAAAGUUCAGCACUAGCGAUGAAGUCACACCAGUCACCAUCCACUUUUGUGUCGCCAAGUCCGUACGCAGAGCGGGGCUUCAACGAAAGUGCUCGUCAGGACUACGAGAUGCAAUUGAUGCUUCUUGAGCAGCAGAACAAAAGGAGAUUGCAGAUGACGAGGCAGUACGAAGCCACACAAUCUGACCUUGCAGCUGGUACGAGCAGCUUCCACCAGAAGCUGGCAGCUAGUAGGACUAAGCCGGCUGUGACAGCAGUCGGUGGAGGACCGUUUGGUGUGGUGCCCCAUCACGCCAUCGCACCUGCGGCCCUCCGUCAACAAGCCAUCCGAAUGAACGCCGCCAAGUAUGCCGAGCCGUUCUGCAAGUUCUUGACCGAGAACCCUACUGUCUUCCACGCUGUCGAUGCCGUUCAGAAGCAAUUGAAGGAGGCAGGCUUCAAGGCAUUAUCGGAGCGCGAUAGCUGGGACCUCGAGACUGGUGGAAGCUAUUUUGUCGAGCGUAACGGCUCAGCAUUGAUAGCUUUCUCCGUCGGCAGCGACUACAAGCCUGGUAAUGGCGCAGCGAUCUUGGCUGGCCAUGUCGACGCUCUCACCGCCAAGCUCAAGCCUAUCUCGCAAGUCCCUAACAAGGCUGGGUAUCUACAACUCGGCGUCGCUCCUUACGCUGGAGCACCAAACACUACUUGGUGGGAUCGCGAUCUCAGUAUUGGUGGACGAGUAUUGGUCAAGGAAGGCGACAAGAUUGUUUCGAAGCUUGUCAAGCUUGACUGGCCCAUUGCUCGCAUUCCAACAUUGGCGCCUCACUUCGGUGCUGCAGCUUAUGGUCCAUUCAAUCCCGAGACGCAAAUGGUGCCUAUCAUUGGUCUGGAUCACACCGACAGCCACGCCGCCCCACUGCAGACCAUUGAGCCAUUCAGCAAUCCAUCAUUGAUGGGCGGUGCAAGUGGCGGCGUCACUGGUUUCGCUGCCACACAGCCUCCUCGUCUCGUCAAAGCCAUCGGCAAUGCUCUCGGUCUGCGCGCAGAUACCUACUCCAACAUCGUGAACUGGGAACUCGAACUCUACGAUGUUCAACCCGCCACUCUUGGUGGUCUGGACAAAGAGUUUAUUUUCGCCGGCCGUGUCGAUGAUAAGCUCUGCUCGUGGGCGGCAAUUCAAGCCCUGAUCGAAAGUAAGGACGAAAUCAGCAACAGCUCGCAGAUCAAAAUGGUCGGCCUCUUUGACGAUGAGGAGAUCGGAUCUUUGCUUCGCCAAGGUGCGCAUGGCAAUUUCUUGCCUACCGUAAUGGAACGGGCUGUCGGCUCCUUGGCUGGACAUUCUCCAGGCUCCGAUAUCAUGGGGCGUACUUACGCAAAUUCCUUCCUCGUGUCUUCGGAUGUCACGCAUGCGGUCAACCCGAAUUUCCUCGGCGCGUACCUGGAGAAUCACGCGCCUCAUCUGAACGUCGGCAUUGUUGUGAGCGCAGACAGCAAUGGCCACAUGACGACCGACGCCGUCAGCACGGCUGUCCUCAAGCGCUGUGCGGAUAAGGUCGGUGCGCAGCUGCAGGUGUUCCAGAUCAGGAACGACUCGAGGAGCGGAGGGACGGUCGGUCCUAUGCUGUCGUCAGCGACCGGUAUGAGGAGUGUGGACGCUGGCAUUCCGCAACUCAGUAUGCACAGCAUCCGUGCCACGACUGGUGCGCUUGAUCCCGGUCUUGGUGUGCAUUGUUUCAUGGGCUUCCUCAAUGGCUUUGAGGCUGUUGAUAAGGAAUUUCGUGAUUAG